AUGGUCUUCACAAUAGGAUCACAAUCAGACCAGAACCAUGAUUGGGAUGCCAAAUUCGCUUCACAACCGGAUCCCCUUCUACUUCCACCAAAAGGAAGGAAGGGCGCUGCUUUGAUCCUAUCUUCUUUUUUUCCCUGGUUGCCCCGAGCUGCGACACGAGGUGCGCAGCUCAUCGCCACGACGUCUUCACCAAAGCGCCGCAAAGUUUCCCCAGAGCCUCGCACCAGUCCAGGCCUUCGGGCUCGACGUCACGGCCGCUCCGAACCUCCACACUCUCGCCACACAUCUUCGUCCUCUCGCCGCGGCCAGAGUCCGUCGUUGUCUCCGCCUCGAUACGUGCCUGCGCAUCUGCAGUUCCAGACCGGAAGUCCGCCUGGCCGCUCGCUUACCCCCGCGACCGCGACCGCCGGACUCACCCUCCACAGCGACAUUUCCGAUAUGCCCUCCGAUACUCGAGAGGGUACACCUCCCACUAAUGGUCGUUCCCCUUCUCCCGGCGAGAAGCGCCCCGCUUCCGAGAUCACAGACUCCGACCCCGAGGGAGGUGUGAGCACGACUGCCUUUGCUAGCAACGCGCGCAACGAGAAUAUUCCCCGCACAUCUGAUGCCGCCAGCGACAUAUAUCCUACCCCUUCGAGCAACGGCAAUGCCGGAUCAUCACUCUCAGAUGACGAGAAGUCCACGCCGGGCUCGCCCGACCCAAAGGGCAUCCCUACAGUCGACGAGCAAGUGGCCGAGGUUAACGCGCUGAUGCAAACCCCAUUGAAGGAUGGACAAAAGGGUUAUGUGGUUUCAAUGAACUGGCUGAAGAAAGUGCUUGCACGCACUACGGCCCAUGCAGACCACAACGACAAAGAAUCAUUGGAAGCCGACGUUGGUCCGGUCAACAAUUUGAACAUCAUGCUCGAUACCGACCAGGCCUUGCCCAGCGUCAAAGAUGAAACUGGUGAAUUGUUUGUGCCUAUGCGCCCUGGCUUGCACGAAGCCCUUGAUUUCACAGUCAUCCCACAGCACGGAUGGCAACUGAUCCAGAAGUGGUAUGGUCUUGCUGACCAGUCGCCGGUCAUCAUUCGCUACGCUCACAACAUCAACCAACCUGGCGAAACUGAAAAUAUCGAAUAUGAGAACUAUCCUCCAAUCUUCACCGUUUUCAAGUUGGCCAACCCGGCCGCGGGUACCACACCGGCCACCUUGAGAGAGACCAACAAGCCGUCGGUGAAGGUACUGGCUAGCCGCUACACAAGCUACCAGAAAUGGCUCAGGGAUGCAAAAGAGCAGGCUGGAAUUGAUAUGGCGACCAAGGUUCGAGUUUGGAACAUUCUUCAGCUACCUCGCAGCACCAACGCAUCGGCUUCGGCAACUCCAGCUGCCUCCCGCACCCAAUCGCCGGCUCCCCCUCUGGCUCUCAUCUCCAACCCCAACGAUAAGCUCCUUUUCGAUUUGAACGCUUUCCUCGAACUUUCGGAGGGUAGUCACCGGGUACUGCUUGCAAAUGUCAAGGAUCAAACUCAAAAUGCAAACUACAACGGUCGUAUGACUUUGAACAUGGCUGGUCUUGGUACAGCGAACUGCGUCAUUCUCGAGGAACAGGUCGGUGGCUCCAAGGGUGGAGAAUGGAUAUCCGAGGUCUCGGCCAAAACUCUCAAGAGCCUGGGGAUCCCCGUGGAUACGAUGAAAAAGGAUGCUCUCACCAAAGUCACUGCCCCCAAAGCCGCGAUCAAAAGCGCACAGUCCAGCGGAAAGCUCACUCCUGCCCUGCCAAAUGAUCCGAUCAGGGGCCUCAUUACUAGAGGCCGAAAAGGUCGCCAGCUUGUUGUGGGUUUGCAAAAUCUCGGCAACACUUGUUACAUGAACUCAGCAUUGCAAUGUGUGCGCAGCAUUGAAGAAUUGUCCUACUACUUCCUCAGUGAAAUGUACAAACGAGAGCUGAAUCCUACUAAUGUGCUUGGAUGCGGCGGUGUCAUUGCUAAGCAAUGGGCCAAUUUGCUUCAGGAACUCUACAAAUCAGACCCCCAGCCGAGAUCUGUUAACCCUUCAAGGUUUCGCUCUGCCGCUGGUCGGCAACGUGAAGAAUUUGCUGGCUUUGAGCAACAUGACAGUCAAGAAUUUGUGAUGUUCCUCCUUGAUGCGCUGUCAGAAGAUCUUAGCCGCAUCGUUGGCAGCAAGCCAGCCACUACCAUCCCCGACUCAACUGAUGAAAUGAUUAACGAUCGCAAGGCGCUUGAAGCUUUCGGAAAGACAUGUUGGGAUCUCUACGAGUCUCGCAACGCCUCCGUUAUCACUGACCUGUUUGCCGGAAUGUACAAGUCGACAUUGAUUUGUCCCACUUGUGAAAAGACCAGCAUUAUCAUGGAUCCUUUCACCAUGGUCACUGUGCCCAUCCCAUCGGGUCCGAACCUCGUUAAUCGAACGAUUAUCUUCUUGCCCCUUGAUGGUCCACCCGUGUCUUUGAGGGUUCGACUUGAUGAAAACGAAACCUUGAAGUUCUGGAAGAAUUUCGUCGCCCAGAAGAUGGGUAUUGAAGGAGAACGUAUCUUCGCUGCGGAAACUCUACACCAUUCUUUCUGGCAAACCUUUGAGGCCGACGAUGAUAGUUUCGGCAGUCUGCGCACGCGUCCAGAUGAUACCAUUGUAUUUGUUGACAUGGGUCCUCUUCCAACAUCUACAAAAUCUUCACAGCCGAUCUCUGCAAACGAUGAUGGAAUUAUUGUGCCGGUUUUCCAUCGCAAGCUUGCCCCGCAGAAGAAACGGGAAGACUCUCGUGACCUUUUCGGGAUGCCCUCCUUCAUCCGGCUUUCUAGUGAAGAAGCUCAGGAUCUUGAGGCCAUUUACCGCAAGCUUCUGGCGCAGGCCAAUAACAUGACUACACGCGACAUCUUGAGUACCGAGGAAAACAGCGCCGACGAGCAACGAACAGAUGACUCUGACACUGUGGUCACAAACGAGGAUGAUGCACGAUCAGCAGAUUCCCGAAUCAAGACAUCUUCUGUUGACGGAGAAGACAGCAUUGUUGACAUUUCCAUGCAAACUACCGAUGAUUCCACACCUGCAGAGGACGCCGAGGAGUCGGAUUCUGACUCUGGAUCAACCAGGUCUCCUCAGCAUCCUUUGGCAGGCAAAAUUACUGCCAAUUUGUUGAGUCUUUUCGAUGCGAAGGUCAUGAGCACCAACACUCAUGUGCCCGAUGGACGCAAUAUUUCUUCCACUAAAAAUUAUCCCCUCCUUUCCUCUCGCAUUGCAUCACCCACAGUUUCCACCAAGACACUUGAUGCUGCAUCCAAGACCUCCGCAGAUGACAACAGUGAUGAUUAUUUCGAUACAGAUGGAUCAGACACAGAAUCAACUUCUCCGCUUCCACUGCUUCGCCAAGGUGACGCUAUUCUGAUCGACUGGACUGCCGAUGCCGCUGAUGCCCUUUUCGGUGGCAAGCCACGUGACCCCAAUGAGCUUCGUGGUCGGCCUUCUUACUUGAACAUCAAGAGUGUCUUUGAUUUCAAUCUUGCACCAACUCCGAAAAAGCUGAAAAAAUCGGUUUAUUCUCUUGACGAAUGUCUGGAUGAGUUCAGCAAGGAGGAGAUUCUUUCCCAGGCAGAUAGCUGGUACUGCCCUCAGUGCAAAACCCACGUCUCAGCCACGAAGAAGUUUGAGCUGUGGAGAACCCCGGAUAUUCUGGUUGUUCAGCUCAAGCGAUUCAGCCAAUUCCGCGGAAGACUCUAUGGAAACAAAAUCAACACUGUCAUCGACUUCCCUCUCGAGGGUCUUGAUUUGAGCAGCCGAGUGCAAGGACCCACCGAUGGAAAGAGUGCUGUGUACGAUCUGAUUGCCGUCGACAACCACAUGGGUGGACUGGGUGGUGGCCACUACACCGCCUACAUCAAGGACUUUGUCUCGGGUGCUUGGGUUUAUUGCAACGAUACCUCUGCCCGCACAGUCACGGACCUUGACUCCAUCAUUUCAGCGGGUGCUUACCUUCUGUUCUACCGCCGUCGCUCUGAUCGUGCACUGGGCAACCAAGAGCUGCAGGAGCUGGUUGAAUCUUACCGGGACAACUCAUCAAGUGACUCCGCAGGUUCCUCUGCCUCCCGCAGUGCUCACGGUUCCCAGUCACCAGACGACGGUGGUCGCCGGCUUGGCGGGCCAGCCCCCUUGGCCAGAGCAAAGGUGGCACCCCGAGUGUGCAAAGGACAAGACUCCCUCGGCAACGAUAUCUACUCUUCCGCAGAGGAAAGCACUUCGGAUUCGGAGGACGGCGGCAGCUCAGGUAAGAAAAUCGACUUCGAGCACGAGACCGGGGGAUCGCAGGUCGAAUCCCUCAGCAAGCUCACGGAACCCUCCUGGUCAUUCGACGACGCUCACGCCGAUUCGCAGAUUACCAGUGGUAAUUCUGCCACCGAAGAUGGCCACCUGGACGGUCAUGUUCCAUGGGGCGACCCCAUGGACAUUGACCAGCCGUUUCAGUUUGGACUCACUUCUGGGGGGGGAGGAGGAUUCCUCCGAUGA